AUGAUUCAAAGAUCAUGCUUGCCGAACGGAACAGUGUCAGAUAGUUCAAGCAAGUUCGAUAAUAAGAUUGAGGCUGCUUCAGCCAAAAUGUAUUUCCAUUACUAUGGCAAACUUCUACAUCAGCAAAACAUGCUACAGGAUUAUGUGAGGACAGUACUUAUCAUGCUGCAGUCAUGGAGAAUUGUUCAGAUUUUUCCGGGCGUAUUGUGGUUGACGUGGGUGCAGGAAGUGGCUGGUGCCAAGCACGUGUAUGCUGUGGAAGCGUCAAAAAUGGCUAAUUAUGCCUGUAAGCUGAUUGCUGGAAACCCAUUGCUUGCUGAGCGGAUCACGGUCAUCAAGGGAAAAAUUGAGGAUGUUGAGUUGCCUGAGAAGGCUGAUGUUUUGUUCUCUGAACCAAUGGUCUUGAUCAAUGAGAGGAUGUUGGAAACUUAUGUUAUUGCUAGGGACCGUUUUCUGUCUCCAAAUGGAAAAAUGUUUCCAACGGUCAGAAGGAUCCACAUCGCAAAGCACAAGAAACCUACAAUGGUUCACAAAAUAUCCUGGAAUUAA